UCGUGAUCGAUCUCUUCUCCUAUCUGCUGAUCUUCUCUUUCAUUUCCUCAAGUUCAAUAAUCAAAACCAUCGUCAGGCGCUUACUCGCCUUUAAGAUCAGAUUUAGAGCAUUACCAGAAAGAAAAAUCCACCAAAUAAAAUGAGGCUGUACAUGUACCGAAUUGUCCCAAGAGAAUGAAGGGAAAAGAAAGAAGUUUAGAAAAGCUUGAUUUGUUAGUCAUCAUCAAUGAAGAAAAUUCUUGGUCAUUAGAGAUUUUUACAAAGAAUUUUUUACUAAGAAUAACAAAAGAGAAAUGUUCUUUUGAAAUAUAUAUUCUUAAAAAAAUCAAUAAAAUUAAAGCUAGGAAGUUGAGGGGGGAUUAAUUAAAUUCUUAUUUUGUUUUGCUUUUGCCAGAAGAGUGCUAAAUAUGCUUAGCGCUCUAAGAAUUUUCACUGUGGACGUUAUAUGGUUGUCACAACUAUAGAAACAUGUGCUCAUUUCUUACUUUUACAUGGGGAGGAAAAAAAAAAAAUUACAAAAACGGAGGAGGAGAAGAACCUACAUGAUAUGCAUAUUAUAUGUGUACGUUGGUUAUAUUAUAACUAGCGCUGGCUCAGGAGGAGUUACAUUUCACAGUUUAGGACCAGUCAGAGUGGCUCCUUAUGCUGCUGCUGUUACUGCUAUUAUUAUUAUUAUUAUUAUUAUUAUUAAAGGUAAUUGAAGAUAUUUAUAAAAUCUUUUAAUUUUCAGCUGUCUGCCAAAUUGUCCCAUAGAAUGGGGAGAAAGAAAAGUGCUUUACGAAAACCAGCUGAUUCAUUAAUCUCCCUGAAAGCUGAGUUAGAAAGUAUGGACCAUUUAGAGUUUCCCACGCUAUCAAGUUGUAUCUACAGAGUGCCACCACAACUUCGAAACAUGAAUAAAAAAGCCUACACUCCAACUUUAGUUUCCAUUGGCCCAUAUCACCAUGGAAACAAGAGAUUGAAAUCAAUGGAAGAGGUCAAAUUAUGGUUCCUCUACAAAUUUUUGAAGAGGAUUAAUCAAGAGAAAUUGUUAGAUGAUUAUGUCAAAGUCCUCAAAGAUCAGGAAGGUAAAAUUCGGCGUUGUUAUUCAGAGACCAUCCAAAUGGAGAGCGAUGAAUUUGUAAGGAUGAUUCUAACUGAUGCUUGCUUCAUCAUUGAAUAUUUUCUUCUACGUUUAGAUAGCGUACCUUGGCAUUCCAAGCUAUGGUCAUUAACCAUAAAACUAGACUUGAUUUUGCUUGAAAAUCAGCUGCCAUUUUUUGUUCUUCAAGACCUGUUUGGCCUAACUUUUCCCAAUGGCUACCAUCGCAACCAUUCAUUUGAGUCCGUUACCUUCUGCUAUUUUCAUAGCGCUUUCCUGAGAACUAUAUUUGCUAACAGAGAACUUCGCAGCAAGUUUACGUUCUCAUACUUUGUACAACACCAUCUGCCAAGACAACCUGAUGGUACUGUGCAAGUACAUCACUUGUGUGAUAUGCUAAGAGUCUUCUACGUAAGACUUGAUCAAAUACCAAGGGAACUGGAUUCCAGAUCAAUGAAGCCUGUGUACAGUGCAAGCAAACUGCAUGAUGCAGGAAUUAAAUUUGAGGUCAAUGAAGAUGAACUAAGCUUACUUGAUCUGAAACAUCCAAAGGGAGUGUUGAAGAUACCAAGAAUUGUGGUAAAUGAUGGGACAGAGACCAUGCUUAGGAAUGUGGUUGCAUUCGAGCAGUGUCACUUGCCCUCGUCAAGAAGCAUGACUGAUUACAUAAUCCUCUUGGAACAUCUUAUCGAAACAUGAAAAGAUGUCGAAAUGCUUGUUGAAAAGGGCAUUGUAAAGAACAACAUAGGGGACAGUGAUGCAGUGGCUGCCAUAACCAACAGACUGGGCGGACAUACUCGCUACGUAAAAUUCAAUAGAGAUUAUAUCACUCUAUUUGAAGAAUUGAACAAGAUUUAUGAUAGCUCGUGUCACAGGUACAUGGCUAUCUUUAAGAAGGAAUACAUGAGCACUCCCUGGAGGAUAGCAUCUUUUUUUGGAGCAAUUCUGCUUCUUUUGCUCACCUUAGUGCAGACAAUAUCUUCUGUCAUAGCCUUAUUUCAGAAUUAGGUCCAAAUUAAGCUCUUGUAAGACUCUCCAGCCUUCAUUAAAUCAGUGGACUAUUUCUUUUUUAAGAAGCCAGUUCAGUGCAGGUGAAGACAGGAAUUAAAUUUCUAUAAGCAGGAGAAGACAGGAAUUAAAUUUCUAUCUUUUUUUUUUUUUUAAAUUUGGGGCUUUUGUUUGAUUGGAAUGAAGU